AUGAAGCAUAGUGACAGUGAACACCGGAAUGAAUCACAAGGUUUGAAAGUGAAUUCACUUUUAUCUGAAGGUCAGUGGCACAUUCCAGUUGAGCUGCAACAACCUAUCUCUAAUUAUCAACUGCCUGCUGUUCAUGGUGGUAUUGAUAUAAGAUUAUGGAAUGCUGAUAAAAAUGGUAAAUUCUCAACUCAUUCUGCAGUUGAAAGAAUAAGAUCUCAAGAACCAGUUUUGGCAUGGACAAAAUACAUUUGGAAACAUUUUCUUCAUCCUAGUAUAGUCAGCAAUGUAUGGAAGUUACAACAAGAAGUCUAUGUAGAUGAUGCUAUCAUGGUGAAGAGGGGAUUUGAAAUGGCUUCAAUCUGCUGUAUUUGUUGUGCAGAUCAAGAUAAUAUUAAUCAUACUCUCUGGGAAUGUGAGUUCAGUAUUGCAGUUUGGAAUUGGUUGACUAGAGUUUUUAGAUUUCCAAAGCCUAACUCUUUUGCAGAUGUUUGUCAGGUGGCAAAACACAAAGGUAAAAUAAUAAAUCAGUUGUGGAUGACAGCUGCUUGUGCUACUAUGAAAGAGCUGUGGUUUCAGAGAAAUGCCAGGCGUUUUAGUGAAAUUAAACCUAAUCUAAAUAAGUUUAAAAGAAGGAUCAUUCGGCAAGUUCAUGAGGGUAGUUACAGAAUGAUUGUAAGCAGAUCUGGGCUCGCAUAUGAGAGCCAAAUCAUGCUUUUUUUUUUCCAAAAUUUAACAUUCUGGUAUCUUUACGUUUCUUGA